AUGAAACACACGGAGAACAGGAACGUGACAGAGUUUGUUCUACUGGGGCUCACAGAGAAUCCAAAGAUGCAGAAAAUUGUAUUUGCUGUGUUUCUGGUCAUCUACCUCACCACUGUGGUAGGGAAUGUGCUCAUCGUGGUCAUCAUCAAUGCCAGUUCAUCACUGAGGUCUCCCAUGUACUUUUUCCUGGCCCAUCUCUCCUUUGUUGAUGUCUGCUAUUCCUCUGUAAGUACCCCCAAACUGAUUGCAGAUUCACUCUAUGAAAAGAAGACUAUCCUAUUUAAUGGUUGCAUGACCCAAAUCUUUGGGGAACAUUUCUUCGGAGCUGCUGAGAUAAUCCUGCUCACUGUGAUGGCUUAUGACCGCUAUGUGGCCAUCUGCAAGCCCUUGCACUAUACAACCAUCAUGAGCUGGCGGGUGUGUGGGCUGCUAGCGGGAGUGGCUUGGGUGGGAGGCUUUCUUCAUGUAUUCAUACAGGUCCUCUUUAUUUUCCACUUACCCUUCUGUGGCCCUAAUGUCAUAGACCACUUUAUGUGUGACCUGAACCCUUUGCUCAGUCUUGUCUGCACUGACACCCACACUCUAGGGCUCUUUGUUGCUGCCAACAGUGGUUUAAUCUGUCUGUUAAACUUCCUUCUCCUGCUGGUCUCCUAUGUGGCCAUCCUUUACUCCCUAAAGACCUACAGUUUGGAGGCAAGACACAAAGCCUUCUCCACCUGUGUUUCCCACAUCACAGUGGUUGUCUUAUUUUUUGUGCCCUGCACAUUUGUGUACAUGAGACCCGCAGCUAUUUUACCUAUUGAUAAAGCAGUUGCUGUAUUCUACACUAUGAUAACUCCCAUGUUAAAUCCCUUAAUCUAUACCUUGAGAAAUGCCCAGAUGAAAAAUGCCAUUAGGAAAUUGUGCAGUAGGAAAGUUAUUUCAGCAGACAGAUAA